AUUUCUCACAUCGGCAGGUCAUGUAGAUAGUUGCUUGGAGACCCUAUAAUUAAAGGAUGUGUUGUCUGAAACGAAACACGCUUAAAACAAUACUUCAUCUGAUAUGUCAGCUUCUGUGGGUGGUGGGGCUUGUUUUGGCCAUGGGUGGAAUCUACCUUCUGAUGACGCACAGACACUACAGCUUAUUUUUUUCUCAGAAUUAUAUCAUCCUUUCAGCCGUUUUUACACUCUGCAGUGCUGCGUUUCUGCUCUGCACCGGCUUCCUUGGUACAUGGCUGAGCCUCAAGGACUCCCGUUGUCUACAAGGACUGUUUGUGUAUCUGCUAGUUGUGAUCUUUUGCCUGGGAAGCACCGCCUCUGCGUUGGCCUACGUUCAUUUUAGAAAGAUGGGUUCUGAGACAGCGUCUCUCAGCGAGGUGUUUGAGAAAUACACUGGCAGCAGUCAGGACAUAAACUCUCAGACUGUUGAUGCAACUCAAAAGGAGCUCCAAUGUUGUGGAGUCAGCAAUUACACCGACUGGUUGGACACCUCUUGGUUCAAUCACACGGGUGGAAAACUUUUUCCUCGCAGCUGCUGUAACUCUACCUUUGUGUCAUGUACUGGCAGCGUGAAUCAGUAUUGGCAACUUUACUCUGAGGGCUGUCAAAUAAAGGUGGAGGAGACUUUUAAGUUCAUCCUGAGUUUUAUCAUGUGGAGCUGUCUUCUGGGUUUUUUAACUGAGUUGGUUUUGCUUACUACGAUGGGACGAAUGAUGAUGAUGGAACAACAACCUUUCAAAUAUCACCCACUGCACUACAGUUAAAGACAAAGGAGGGGAAAAAAACUGCUCCAAGCACUGUUUUAGAAUUUUAAAGUAACUGCAUUAGAAAAUGACAGGCCAUCUUUUUCCAUAAAGAUGAUGUCUGCAAUAAACUGUCAAACAUUUAUUUUAUGUCUUUUUUAUGAACUCUUUACACUUGUUUUGGUAAAUGUGUUCUUUUUUUGUUUCAUAUUUUAAAAAUACCAAAUGCAGACAUCUUUUACUUUUAAUGGUUAAUAAAUACUGCUGAAAUUAGACCAAAUUACUUCUUUAUCUUUCAU